AUGCCUCAGAUUUCUAACACACCAGAAUCUUUGCUUCCUCGCUCGGAUUCCAGAAACCCAGCAACCACAUGUAGAGGGAUUACGGGACAAGGCCGACCCUGUCGUCGGGCCUUGGCGUCACCAUCUCCAGCAUCCACGCCACGAAAGAGUGGUCAACAUGAAGUUCCAGACUUGGUUUCUCUAUACUGCUGGCAGCACCAAGACCAAGCUGUGUCGUCCACGUCUACGGCGGGGAACGAUAUCAAUACACCAGCCAAGCCGAGAACCAGCAUUGACACGCUGAUGGACCGGCUUGGCGUGCUGGAUCUGAAAGAUGAGAAAGGAAACCAAAAGUGGCGAACCCAGAGUAGCUUUGGUGAAAAGCGCCGGCGACGUCAAAAGAAGACAUUUUGCUGUUUCAGCAUUGUGGAGGAGAGUGGUGACAAUUAUCGCCCGGCAAAGCCAGUACAAAAGCCCAUGCAGACUCGUCCAUCGCAGGCUGCACCGCAAAAAGUACAGCGACCUGCCUCUGCUUCACAGCCACCUCCACGGCUUUUACAGCCCAACGCGAGGCAAUCCUCCUCUACUUCGCAAACCCAGUCUCUGUUGUCAUGGAUUCCCUCGACUCUAUCUCCACAGACAACCUCUUCAGUCCUAACAGAAUUAGCCAAGCCCAUCUCAAGCGCAGAUGAAGAGGGCUAUAUCUAUAUGUUCUGGGUAACGCCACAAAGUACAACGACGCGUAGCGAUACACAAGCGUCAGUACCCAGAGAAAUCGCCUCAUCACUGCUCCCGGAACCAUCAGGAAGCAACAAUCUCCGCCCACCAACCCAGCCACGCAGCGUCAGCGAUGCCAUAAACGCUGCACGAGACAUCAAUGCUCUCACAUCAAACCCAACAGCCACUACACCCGGCACACUACGACUGAAAAUCGGACGCACGAGUAAUGUGCACCGUCGAAUGAACGAGUGGACCCGCCAAUGCUCCUACGAUCUAACCUUGAUCCGCUACUAUCCUUACACACCAUCUUCAUCUGCGUCCUCUUCUCCAGCCAGGGUGCCAGCACCCAAGCAAGCUAGCCGCAGCAAUGAUUCAAGUGCAAGCUCGGAUGUCACUUUGGUACAGGGUAGAAAGGUUCCGCACGUACAUCGCGUAGAGCGCCUUAUUCAUCUCGAGCUGGCGGAUAUCCGAAUGCGCGAUUUGGGUCGAUGUUCAGAAUGUGGUAAGGAACAUCGAGAGUGGUUUGAGGUUGAAGCUGCAAAGGAAGCGCUGCGUAAGGUAGAUGAAUGUAUCCGGCGGUGGAUCUCAUGGGCCGAAUCUGUGGGGUGA